GGUCCGGUACCCGCGAGUUUUUAAACUAGGGGUUAUGGCACCGCCCAGUCCUGGGCAGGGCCCGCCCACAGGCCUGGGAGUCCCCGGGUCGCGCUCCGGCGAACGCAGUCCCUGAAUGGGCGCGGCGGACUUGGGAGGCGGACUACUCAGUCCCCCCGGGAAGGAGGGAGCUGGGGGUCCAGAUCUUUACUCUGAAGGAGCCUAGGGCACCGGGCUCCAAGAGGAGGGAGACACCGGGGGGCCUGGAUUUCUUUUCUUUUCUUUUUCUUUUUUUUUCUUUUCUUUUCUUUUCUUUUUUUUUUUUUUUUUGUUGUUGUUUUUGAGAAGGAGUCUCUGUCGCCCAGGCUGGAGUGCAAUGGUGCGAUCUCUGCAAACUCCGCCUCCUGAAUUCAAGCGAUUCUCCUGCCUCAGCCUCCCGAGUACACUACAGGCGCUGGACACCAUGCCUGGCUAAUUUUUGUAUUUUUAGGAGAGAUGGGGUUUCACCGUGUUGGCCAGGCUGGUCUCGAACUCCUGGCCUCAGGUGACCCGCCUGCCUUGGCCUCCCAAAGUCCUGGGAUUACAGGCUUCAGCCAUGGUGCCUGGCUGGGGGCUGGAUUUCUGGGUCUGUGUCUAAGGGGGUGCUGGAGGCUUUGUCUCCUGGGUCCUGCCCAUGGGGGUAGGGGUAGGAGUGGGGAUGGAGAUGGGGUGGGGGCAGGGAGAGUAUUACUGGGUCCAGAGGGAGGCAGGACUGGGGGUCUAGACUCCCAGAGGAAGGGUCUGUGGGUAAGGGUAUAGGGUGUGGCUCAAUUUCUCCCUCUCCCCUACCUCACCCUUUUUAGAGGUCUGCUUUCAUUUACUCAUUCAUCAUUUAAAAUAAUUUAUUGCAGCAGAGGAGGCAUUUUGCUGUGUAUUGUGAACUAAGCAGACAGGAAUUCCCAGCCCUGGAGCUGGCAUUCCAGUGGGAGGCCACUCUCAGUUUCACUUGGUGACCUUUCACAGCACUGACCAUGUUGGCCCUAUUUCUCCCCUGCUUGCUUGCUUUUCUAUUUUAUUUUAUUUUAUUUUAUUAUUACAUUUUUAUUGUUAGAGAGAGGGUCUCAUUCUGUCACCCAGGCUGGAGUGCAGUGGCAAAGUGGUGAGAUCUCGGCUCACUGCAACCUCCACUUGCCUCAGUCUCCCAAGUAGCUGGGAUUACAGGAGCCUGACACCAUGCCCGGUUCCUCUGGACUUCUCUGGACCACAGUCCUCUGCCAGACCCCAGUCCACCAUGAUCCAUCUGGGUCACAUCCUCUUCCUGCUUUUGCUCCCAGUGGCUGCAGCUCAGACGACCCCAGGAGAGAGAUCAUCACUCCCUGCCUUUUACCCUGGCACUUCAGGCUCCUGUUCCGGAUGUGGGUCCCUCUCUCUGCCGCUCCUGGCAGGCCUCGUGGCUGCUGAUGCGGUGGCAUCGCUGCUCAUCGUGGGGGCGGUGUUCCUGUGCGCACGCCCACGCCGCAGCCCCGCCCAAGAAGAUGGCAAAGUCUACAUCAACAUGCCAGGCAGGGGCUGACCCUCCUGCAGCUUGGACCUUUGACUUCUGACCCUCUCAUCCUGGAUGGUGUGUGGUGGCACAGGAACCCCCGCCCCAACUUUUGGAUUGUAAUAAAACAAUUGAAACACC